CUUUAUUAAUCUAUAAUUCCAGUUUCAACAGAAAGUGAGGGAUGAACCAUAUCAAAUAAUGGAAAUAUCAAAACUAACACAUUCUCAGCAAAUAUUGAGCUUUCUCUCACACACACUAUCAAAGUUAGAAGAGAAAAUUAAGAUCAUUUCUGCUCGUUAACGAGUUGAGUGUUUUUCAACUUAAAUUAUCAAAAAAGCUCUUAAGAUGGCGACUGAAGUUGAUAAUCUUGACGCUAGAAUGGAAACUAUUCGUCUUAAAAACGAAGAAUUGGAGAAAAAACAUAAGGAAAUUAUGGAGGAUGAGGAACUAGCGAAAAAACAAAAUGCUAUUGUCGAUGUGAAAGUUGCCGGUCGUGAUAUUCCAACAAGUCAUCCUUAUGAUCAUGUUGAUUUAGAUUUUGAUGUUAAAGAUUCUGACAAGGAAUUAGCAAAAAAUCCAAACUAUAAGCCCAAAGAACGAAGACCACAAACGCGAAAAGAGUUGUUGAAUGAAAUCCCAGAUGACCCAGUAAAUUUUCUACGUCGUGAAGACGACGAUGAAAAACCUAAGGGAGAUUCAAAUCAAAAUCAUAAAACUGGAAAUCGAAAUAAUCGCAAUAAUCGUAAUCGCCAAGAGCGACCACGACAAGAACGAAGCAAUAAUGAACGAAGCGAAGCUAACAAUUCCGGUGAGAGUCCACCUCGUCAGAGAAAUCAAAAUCAACGUCCACGUGAACAACGUCCACAGCACCAACAGCAGAGUUCUUCGCCACAAGACGGAAAUUCUGUCAGAAAACCGCCACAACAAUUGCGAACUGAAAGACGAACAGCACCAGAUCAGUCUCCAAAGCAUUCGCAGCCAAAUCGUCAUCGACGACCCCAUCCUAAGUCUCCUAAUAAGGAAGGAGCUGAACUAAAUAAUCUAACGGUUCAAAUUAGUGAUGGUGAAGUGCGAAGUGUUAAAUUGAAGUCAUCCGAAAAAACAUUUGGCACGGGGCGUGUUGGCCACUCACGUAACGAAAACAUCCAAAAAUUUACAGUUGAUACAUUCGAUCCGGAAAAUGUCCAAGAUAAGUCACCUCAAGAUAAGCCUCGUCAUCGCAAUCAGAGAAAUAAUCACAAUCGUAGAAAUCAAAAGCCUAAAGAGUUCCAACAUCCUACAUUGGAGAACAUCAUCGUUUCUAAGACGAGUGUUCAAGAGCGUUUAUUGAAAAUUGCAAAAGAUAAGCAAGACGAUGUUGAACCAGUUUCAAAUGUCACUCAAAGUGACAACACAUCCCCUUAAAUCAUUAACAUAAAGUUUAUCCUCAUUAUCUUUAAAGAUGACAUUGGAGGAAUCUUUUAAUCGAUUUUAUUAUUUAUUUCACAAUGGUGCUUGGUGUGGUUUAAUUUUAUUUCAUGACUUCAUAUUAUAAAGUAACCAAAUUGACAUUAAAAUAUUUAUGUAGUUUUUGUCACAACUCUUUGCAAAUUGCAAUCAAAGAAUGUCGAAUAAACUUGUAGAUUAUGUACCCUCAUCUACUCAUCUUUUUAAAUCAGUUGCUUUCUCAUCAAUCAAUUUUGUUUAUUC